AUCGUGGCUGUCUCGAAAAGAGGACAAAAAUAAAAUAAUGGGAUGCACAGUCAGAUCCGUCAUCUGUGUGUACGGUGGCUGUCUCUGAAAUUAUUGGUCUAACAAUUGAAACUUUAAAUAUGUGAUGAUUCACUAUUGCGAAAAUUAUCCAAUAGGAUGAUUCUACAACUUUGUUUCCUCCAAUAUUUGAUUUCAUCAUUUUCGUGGGGCGCUGUAAUUCCUAAAGAGGGAUGCCCGGAGCGAUGCGGGGAUGUGGCAAUUCCAUUUCCAUUCGGAGUGGGGUCGGAGUGCUCGCUGGGAGAGUAUUUCAACAUCACCUGCAAUAUGUCGAAACCCUACCUCUUCUCUUUUGAUGGUUUAGAAGUGGUGGAGAUAAAUCCAUCACAAGUCCGAGUUCGUUUUAAGCAGGUGCUGAAUUCAGCUUGCUACAAUGGGUCAGUGGCCGGUAACCCUACUCGGGAAGGGGGGAGCAGAACUUCGUAUGGUUAUUCCUUCUACAAUAGUCCCUAUGUUUUCUCCGACGACAACUGGCUCACCGCCAUCGGCUGCAACCAUAUGCUCACCACCUUCACCAUGGACGAUGCCGCCUUCGACCAUUACCAACAAACAUAUGGCGGCUCCUGCGCAUCCUUUUGUAUGAAUCCCAACGACUCCACUACUGUUUGCCCGCCUACUGAUGCUCCGUAUCCGCCCGGCAAUGCCUGUUGCUUCAUCUCCAUUCCAAAAGGCAUGACUCAGGUAUCUAGUGAAUUAGCAAAUCUAGAUAGAGGCGUAGGGCCAUUUGGAGAUGGAAAGGUUUCGUCUUGCAGCUACGCCUUUCUCCAAGAGAAAGUAAGGCCGAAUGAAUCAACGGUUUCGUAUCCGUUGUCGUUUCUAAAUAAUUCAAACGAGUUCCUGCAAGAUGGAUGGACGUGGAAAAAUAGAGUAGCACCACCAGUAGUCCGCCUGGACUGGCGGAUUAAUGGAACCAGGAACUGCAGCCAAGCAAAGAAAACCAUAAGUAGCUAUGCUUGUCGCGAUAUUAAUAGUGAUUGUGUAGAUUAUAAUGCUAGUGUGGGAGGCUACCUCUGCCGCUGCAACCAAGGAUACAUAGGAAAUCCUUAUCUCCCCCACGGAUGCCGAGAUUUCAAUGAAUGUGAAACUAAUCCAUGCGAUUCAAAUUCAAUCUGCGUCAACACUGCUGGAUCUUUCAAAUGCAAGUGUUCAAAAGGGUACAAUGGUGACGGAAGGAAAAACGGCAGGGGUUGUAUACCAUCCAAAUUGACUAAUAUCUUCAUAGGAUUAAGCUCUGGAUUGGGAUUCUUUCUACUCCUCUCAGUUUGUCUUUUGUUGCGAAAGGUACAUCAGAAGAGAAAGAAACAAUUGUGCAAACAGAAAUUCUUUAAACAAAAUGGUGGGCUUCUCUUGCAGCAACGAACUAAGCAAGGCGCAAUUGGGGGAAACCAACUCUUCCCUGCAAAAGAGCUGGAGAAAGCCACCGAUAACUUCAAUGAAAGCCGAAUUCUCGGGCAAGGAGGCCAAGGCAUAGUGUACAAAGGGAUGUUAUCCGACGGAAAGAUGGUGGCCAUAAAGAAAUCGAAACUCGUUGACAAGGAUCAAUUGCAUCAGUUCAUAAAUGAGGUUGUCAUACUAUCACAGAUUAAUCAUAGAAAUGUGGUUAAAUUGUUGGGGUGUUGUCUGGAGACUGAGGUUCCUCUCCUCGUAUAUGAAUUCUUGCCUAAUGGGACCCUUUAUAAUCUCAUUCAUGAUCCUAGGAUUGAAUUUCCGAUUUCAUGGAACAUGCGUCUCAAGAUGGCAGCAGAUAUAGCAGGAGCGCUCGCCUAUAUGCAUUCUACAUCUUCCAUGCCUAUCUAUCACAGAGACAUUAAGUCUACAAAUAUUCUUCUUGAUGAAAAGUAUGUUGUUAAAGUAUCCGAUUUUGGUAUUUCGAGGGCUCUUGCAUUGGAUCUAACUCAUUUGACCACACGAGUCAAAGGGACUUUUGGAUAUUUCGAUCCUGAGUAUUUCCAAUCGAACCAGUACACAGAAAAGAGCGAUGUUUACAGUUUUGGAGUAGUUCUUGUCGAGCUUCUGACAGGUCAGAAACCUGUAUCUUUAGAGAGAGACGAAGAGGAGAGAAGUUUAGUGACGCGCUUUCUUGCAUCGAUUGAGGAUAACUAUGUUGACGCCAUUUUAGAUCCUCAAGUUUUGGAGCACGAUGGUAAGGAAGAGGUGAGUGGAGUUGUAUUGCUUGCACAAAGAUGCUUGAAUUUGCAGGGGAGAAUGAGACCAACCAUGAAACAAGUGGCCACAGAAUUGGAAUGUUUGAGGAUGUCUCAAAUGCCAGCAGCUAUUAUCCAUCAAUCUGCGGAAACAAGACCUUGUGAAGCCACCAAGUCCACCAUGAUUUCGGAUUUUGAGUACACAUGGACGGCUAGUGAUAGCAGUGAAGUACCAUCAUCAUCAGAUACUUAUCCAUUAAAAUCUGAAACUGUAUGACCUAUUUAUGUAGUUUAAUUUUUAAUUAAUUAUUGUUUUUAGUGAUAUAG